AUGGGAUACGUUGCAGAAAUCAAAGACACCAUACAAAAAAUCAGAGUAUGGUUAGGGACCUUUGAUACAGCCGAGGAAGCAGCUCGAGCCUAUGAUGAAGCCGCUUGCUUGUUACGUGGAUCCAACACCCGAACCAACUUCUGGCCUUCUUCUCAAUCCUUCUCCACCACACCCGCACUCCCAUCAAAAAUCACGAAUCUUCUUCUUCAUAGGCUCGAAGCCCGAAACAACACUCAACCACAAUCUGCUUUGGUGAAUCGACAUGAUGACGUGAAGCAACCGGAGGUGGAGGCAGAGUUCUUAGAUACGUAUUUUACCGAUUUUUUAAACGAUGUAGAUGGGUAUCUGCCUGUAAACAAUAUGAUGGUUGGUGAUGUUUGCAGCAACGUGAGCUUUGAAUCGUGUAUGCCUGUUGAUGUGGAUUCUUGUGGAGAUACAAAUGGUGGAGACGGGAGGGAGGAGGAGGAGGAGGAAGAAGAAGAUGAAGGGGUGGAUUUUAGGUUUAUUGAUGAAAUUGGAUCGGGUUACAAUUUUUCACCAUUUGAGAUGGCUCAAGAAAUGGCAUUGGAGCAGGUUUAUGAUGGAGAGGAAGAAGAGCCGAUGACGAUAAGUGAAGCGAUGAAAAGGAUGAAAUAUGAACGUAAGUUUUCGGCUUCUCUUUACGCGUUUCAUGGUAUUCCCGAGUGUUUACAGCGAAAAGUUGGACCGGGAGGAGGUGUGAAGUGUAAAGAAAAGUCGAAAAUGCAAAGAAUGGUUCAUCAGGAGAUUGAAGAACGUAAAAAGGAUGCAGUAGAGGAGUGUUUUGUUUCCUCUUUGGAUGAUGGAGAAUUGUCGCUAUGGAGCUCGCUUGAUCUUCCUAGUAUUUGUUAUGUCAAUUAG